AUGUCGAAACCACGUUAUGUCGAACUGGACGAUGAGGAAGAACCGUUAUUCCGCCACGCCUUCGAAACUCCCUCGUAUAACCAGGAUGACUGCGAUGAUAACGACAUCCUAGAUUCUGGAAACCUGGAUCUUCUAAAAGAUGGCUUGUGGGCCUUAAAAGCUAAAAUGAAGCAGUUGAAGGCAUUCAACAAAGUACUUGCCACUAACUUGCUUUCGACCAAGUUGAGACUAAAGGAGAUUGUUGAAAGCGCUGUCAUUGCGAAAAAACAUAAGCAUGAAGAGCUGGAGAAGAAGAAACCGCUUUCAUAUUAUCAAACCUAUUCGUACGAAGGGCAGUAUCCUCCAUACGGUGCCGGGCCCUAUGGACUUGAUCCCUACUACGGAAUAUAA